AUGAGUCCCGAAACCCCUGAUCACAAGCCUGAGAAGAAGCAUAAGGAUGCUCAAGCAGAGCAAGAAGACGAUGAAUCCACCCAGGCCAACGUCAAGUUCUCACCUGAAGAAGAGGCUGCAACUGAGUCCAACACACACAAAGCAGAGGCAAACGCCCUCUUCACCUCGGGCAAAUACGAUGCCGCCAUCAACAAAUAUGAUGAAGCCAUUGCUGUUUGUCCAACCUACCUGGACUACCCCCUAGCCGUCUUGCGCUCCAACGUGGCUGCCUGCCACCUAAUGCUUGAGGAGUGGAAGGAUGCUGUCAAGCACGCCACCACAGCUCUGGACCUGCUUGACAAGCUAGAGCGGGAGGACAAGCUGGCUGCUGAGAAGGAAGAGAAGGAGAAAGACGAUGUGGAAGAGGAGAUUGUCAGUGCCGGUGCUGCAAAGGCUGGCCCUGCUGUUGCUGCCGCUGAAACUGAGGCUCAGAUUGCCCGCCAAAAGCGACAAGAGGACAUUGCCAGGAUACGGGCCAAAGCUCUGCUGCGCCGGGCUCGGGCAAGGAGUGAACUGGGUGGAUGGUCUACCCUCGAGGGAGCUAUUGAGGAUUACAAGAAGCUGUCUGCCAUGACCAACUUGACAGCUACCGACCGAAAGCUCGUCCAGGCGCAACUCAGAGCACUGCCGCCCCGGGCCAAGGCUGCUCAGGAGAAGGAGACUGCUGAGAUGUGGGGCAAGUUGAAGGACCUUGGGAAUGGGUUGCUUAAGCCAUUUGGUCUUAGCACUGAUCACUUCAAGAUGGUGAAGGAUGAGAAGACUGGCGGGUACAGCAUGAAUUUCGCAGGAGGUGGUGGCGAGGGCAAGAAGUGA